AUGUUUGAGAAACACGAAAUCUCAGCUGGCAGGACGUGCUCCACUUCACAAUUCACCUGCACAAAUGGGGCCUGCAUCCCUGGGGGAUACAGAUGCGACCAUGUACCUGACUGCCUUGACAGAGGAGAUGAGAGAAACUGCCUCUAUCCAGACUGCUCAGAGCUGAGGUGUAAUAACGGGGCAUGCUAUAACAGAAGCCAGCACUGUGACCAGGUGCUCAACUGCCGAGAUGGAUCAGACGAGGCUAACUGCACCCAGCGGUGCAGCAGUGGUCAGUUUCAGUGCAGUAAUGGGGAGUGUGUCCCUCGUGGAUACGUCUGUGACCAUGACGAUGACUGUGGAGACAGAAGUGAUGAACAGAACUGCACCUACCCCACCUGCAGAGGAACAUACUUCUCCUGCCCCAGCGGCCGCUGCAUUCAUCAGGUGUGGCUUUGCGAUGGAGAGGAUGACUGCAAGGACAAUGCAGAUGAGAAAGGCUGCGAUAAUGUCCAGCAUGAGUGUUAUCCAGGGGAAUGGCCGUGUCCUUCUUCAGGUGUAUGCAUCCCUCUGGAACACCUCUGUGAUGGGAUGCCACACUGUCCAGAUGGAGAAGAUGAAACCGACACCACUGCUGGACGCAACUGCAGCAUCUGGCGCUGCGCUUCUCUGAGCUGUGAGCAUCACUGUCUCUCCUCUAUUGAUGGAGGAACCUGUGCCUGUCCAACAGGAUUUGUGGUCAGCCGCAACGACAGCCGCUCCUGCUUUGAUUAUGAUGACUGCACGCUGUGGGGCAUGUGUGACCAGCUGUGUGAAGAUGGAAUUGGAACUCAUCAGUGCAGCUGUAAGGAAGGAUAUGUUCUGGAGCAGCACAGAUACUGCAGAGCGAGUCCUUCAUCUGGGGUACCCUCUCUGAUUUUCUCCAAUGGGAGAGAUUUGCUGAUUGCUGAUGUCCAUGGACACAACGCUCGAACCCUGUUUGAGUCUCAGAACAGAGGAGCUGCUGUUGGUGUGGACUUCCACUACCAGCUACAAAGGGUCUUUUGGACCGACACAAUCCAAAAUAAGGUGUUUUCUGUCAAUAUGGAUGGAUCACAUUUGCAGGUGGUCCUGAACGUAUCUGUGGACUACCCUGAAAACCUUGCCAUCGACUGGAUCAAUAAUAAACUGUACGUGGUGGAGGCCAGCAUCAACCGAAUCGAUAUGGUGGACUUCGACGGGAGCAAUAGAGUCACGUUGAUCGCUGAGCACCUGGGCAACCCAAGAGGUCUUGCUCUUGACCCAACUGUGGGGUACCUGUUCUUCUCUGACUGGGACACUCUGAAUGGAGAACCUGGCCUAGAGAGGGCCUACAUGGACGGCACGAAUCGUUAUGGGAUCGUCAGAUCCAAACUCGGCAGGCCUGCUGGAAUUACUGUGGACCUGGAAGCCAAGAGAGUGUAUUGGGUAGACAGCCGUUACGAUUACAUUGAGACAACGACAUACGAUGGUCUGCACAGGAAAACAGUGGUCCAUGGAGGUUCUGUGAUUCUUCAUCCGUUUGGCAUUACUCUGUUUGAGCAUUCAGUCUACUACACUGACUGGACCAAGAUGGCUGUUAUGAAGGCCAAUAAAUACAUGGACAGUAACCCACGAGAGCUCUACAGGACCUCUCAGAGGCCACAUGGUCUGACUGUGGUUCAUUCAUACAGACAGCCCUUUGUGAGUAACCCCUGUGGCUCUGACAGAGGAGGCUGUGAGCAGAUCUGUGUUCUGAGUCACAGGACAGAUAAUGGUGGUCUGGGAUAUCGCUGCCGCUGCCAAAUGGGCUAUGGUCUGCAUGCUGAUGGCAAGAGAUGUGUCGCUGUGAGGCAGUUCCUGCUGUUCUCCAGUCAGUUGGCAGUGAGGGGAAUCCCCUUCAACCUGUCCACGCAGGAGGACGUUAUUCUACCUGUCACAGGAACUCCAUCUUAUUUUGUUGGAGUGGACUUCAGUGCUGCGGACAGUUCAAUCUUCUUCUCUGAUACGGUGAAGGACAUCAUCUACAAACAGAAAGUUGAUGGAACAGACAGGGAGAUACUAGCAGCCAAUCAGGUGGACGGUGUGGAAGAUCUCGCUUAUGACUGGAUAUCAAAGAACUUGUACUGGACAGAUCCGCGCUACAGGAGUAUAUCUGUCAUGAAGAUAACGGAUAAGUCCAGACGAGCCAUCGUACGCAACCUAAACAAUCCCAGAUCUAUAGUGGUCCAUCCAGUGGCUGGUUAUAUUUUCUGGACUGACUGGUACCGUCCUGCGAAGAUUAUGCGGUCCUGGGGUGAUGGGUCACAUGCUCUAUCCAUUGUAAACACAACUCUCGGCUGGCCCAAUGGCCUCGCCAUUGACUGGAGUGCCAUGCGUUUGUAUUGGGUGGACGCCUUCUUUGAUAAGAUCGAGUACAGCAACUUUGACGGACAAAACAGGUUGUCUUUGGAUCGCAUCACCCAGAUCUCCCAUCCAUUUGGACUUACUGUUUUUGGAGGCUACGUGUACUUUACUGACUGGCGGCUGGGUGGAAUCGUGAGGGUUCGUAAAACAGAUGGAGGGGAGAUGAUGAUAAUUCGCAGAGGGAUCAGCCACAUCAUGCAUGUCAAAUCUUUCAGUGCAGACACACAGAUUGGAUCUAAUUUUUGCAGCAGGCAAACUAACCCAAAUGGAGACUGCAGUCAUUUCUGUUUUCCUGCACCAAAUUCCCAGCGAGUGUGUGGCUGCCCAUACGGAAUGAAGCUGGAAGCCGAUCAGCAGACGUGUGUGGAUGAUCCGUCCAAUGAGCCGCCCACUCUCCAGUGUGGCUCCAACUCCUUCUCAUGCACGAACGGGAAGUGUGUCCCUCAGAGCUACCAGUGUGAUGGUGUUGAUGACUGUCAUGACAAUAGUGACGAGGCCAACUGUGGAGCUAACAAUAACACAUGUUCGCCCACUACCUUCACCUGUGCCAAUCAGCGCUGUGUGCCCAGAAGCUGGCGCUGCGACAGGCACAAUGACUGUUUUGAUGGCAGUGAUGAGCGGGACUGUCCCACCCAGACCCCUGGCACUUGCCAGGCAAACCAGUUCAGCUGUGCCAACCAUCGUUGCAUCCCCCGCACAUGGCUGUGUGACACUGACAAUGACUGUGGAGAUGGAUCGGAUGAGAACAACUGCGAUUCAAUCGGCACAUGCCACGCUGGCCAGUUCCAGUGCCUGGACCAUCGUUGCAUCGACCCAAAUUAUGUGUGUGAUGGAGACAGAGAUUGUGCAGAUGGAGCUGAUGAACAGGGCUGUGCGUACAACUGCACAGCCUAUGAGUUUAAGUGUGCUAACGGGCAUCAGUGUGUCAACUCAUACUACCGAUGUGAUGGUGUGUUUGACUGUAAUGACCGCUCAGAUGAAUCUGGAUGUUCUACUAGGCCACCAGGCAUGUGUCACCAUGAGAGUGAGUUUCAGUGCCAGUCUGACGGCAGCUGUGUGCCUUCUACGUGGGAAUGUGACGGGCACCCCGACUGUGAAGAUGGUUCUGACGAACACCAUGCGUGCCCACCACGGACAUGCCCCUCCUCACAGUUCCGCUGCGAUAAUGGCAACUGUGUUUUCCAUGGCUGGACAUGCGAUGGAGAUAACGACUGUCAUGAUGGCAGCGAUGAGCGUGACUGCCCCACGCCACCAUUCCGUUGUCCCAGCUGGCAGUGGCAGUGCCCUGGUCACAGUGUGUGUGUGAACCUCAGCAGGGUGUGUGACAACAUGGCAGACUGUCCCAACGGGGAGGACGAAUCACCUCUCUGCAAUGAGCCCUUACCAGAUCAGGAGAGCUGUUCUGAUAAUAAUGCUGGCUGCACGCAUAGCUGCAUCCAGGGACCGUUAGGGGCCCAAUGCACGUGUCCAAUGGGCUACCAGCUGUGUAAUGACUCAAAAACAUGCGAGGACAUCGAUGAAUGUCAUCCUCCAGGUGUCUGCAGCCAGCGCUGUUUCAAUGAGAGAGGAUCCUUCCGUUGCCAUUGUCAGGAUGGAUACACAUUAGAGGCGGAUGGUCGCACCUGCAAAGCAUCAGGAUCUCGGGAGGCGCUGCUCUUAGUGGCAAGUCGGAAUCAGAUCAUAUCAGAUGACAUCAUCUCACAGCCAAACGUCAUUCGCUCUCUUGUCCGGGACGGUCGUAACAUCGUGGCAGUGGAUUUCGACUCGGGUACGGAUCGUGUUUACUGGUCGGACACCACCCAAGACAGAAUAUGGAGCGCUCACAAAAAUGGAAGCGACCAGACUGUGAUCUUCGACAGUGGAGUGACCGUCACGGAAAGUCUCGCUGUAGACUGGGUCGGCAGAAACCUGUACUGGACAGACUAUGUGUUGGAGACCGUAGAGGUGUCCAAACUGGACGGGUCCCUCAGAACCGUGUUGAUUAGUGAAAAUGUGACCAAUCCGAGAGGUCUUGUGCUUGACCCUAGAAAUAACACACACCUGAUGUUUUGGACAGACUGGGGCAGAAAACCUCGCAUUGAGAGAGCCAGCAUGGAUGGAAAAUUAAGGACCACAAUCAUCAGCUACAAACUUUACUGGCCCAAUGGCUUGACUAUCGACUACCCCAACAAUCUGCUGUACUUUGCUGAUGCUUACCUAGACUUUAUCGAUUACUGCGAUUACGAUGGCAAGAACCGGAAACAAGUGUUAGCUAGUGAUUUGGUACUGCAACACCCCCACGCAAUUACGAUUUUUGAGGAUUUUGUCUAUUGGACCGACAGAUACAUCAACCGUGUGGUCCGGGCCAACAAGUGGCACGGACAGAACCAGACAGUGAUGCUGUACAAUCUGCCCCAGCCCAUGGGCCUGGUGGCGGUCCACCCUGCCCGACAGCCUGCAGGUUAUAAUCCCUGUGAUCCCCAUUUGAGCCCCUGUACCCAUAUCUGCCUGCUGUCAGCAUGUGGCCCCAGGUUUUAUUCCUGUGCCUGUCCGUCCGGCUGGACCCUCGCUGCAGACCAGUUCACAUGUGUUAGAGUGGAGGGUCCAUUCCUGGUGGUAGUGAAAGACAGCAUCAUUUACGGCAUCCCACUCAAUCCAAACGACAAGAGUAAUGACGUCAUGGUGCCGGUCGCCGGGCUGCAGAAUGGAUAUGACGUUGACUUUGAUGAUGCAGAGCAGAUGAUUUACUGGGUGGAACAUCCGGGGGAGAUUCAUCGGGUGCAGUCAGAUGGCACCAACAGAACUGAGUUUGCCCCUGCGGCCAUCUUGGGUUCUCCGGUUGGGCUGGCUCUAGACUGGAUGUCUCAGAACCUGUACUAUUCCAGUCCUUCCUCACAGUCUAUAGAGGUUCUCAGGCUAAAAGGAGAAAAUCAGUAUAGAAAAUCUCUCAUCACCAACAACGGCUCACCUACUGGUGCAGGAACUCCAAUUGGCAUUGCAGUGGACCCAGCACGUGGAAAGAUGUACUGGACAGAUCAGGGAACAGAAAGCGGUAUCCCGUCCAAAGUGGCAUCUGCAGAUAUGGACGGCUCCAACGCUGCCAUCCUCUUCACUCAUAACCUAGAACAUGUAAAGUUCAUAACAAUAGACAUAAGAGAGAACAAACUGUAUUGGACCGUCACUGGGACUGGUGUGAUUGAGCGUGGAGACACAGAUGGAUCAAACCGCAUCACUAUAGUUAAUGGAUUGUCUCAUCCUUGGGGCGUGGCUGUAUACGGCUCUUAUCUGUAUUUCACCGAUCGAGACUUUGAGGUGAUUGAACGCGUUGACAAAGCCACGGGACUCAACAGGGUCAUCAUGCGGCAUAACAUGGCUGGUCUUAGAGUACUUAAAGUGCACUACAGAGACUCCUCAGCAGGCUCAUCUAAUGGUUGCAGUAAUAACAUGGGAGCAUGCGAGCAGUUGUGUCUGCCAUGUCCUGGUGGCAUAUUCAGCUGCGCCUGUGCAACAGGGUUCAAACUCAAUGCUGAUAACAGAACCUGUGCUCCUUACCAGUCCUAUGUGGUCAUCUCUAUGCUCACCGCCAUCAAGGGUUUCAGUCUGGAGGGAGCAGACCACUCAGAGUCUAUGGUGCCUGUUGCAGGAAGAGGCCGCAAUGCUCUCCAUGUGGACGUGCACAUGCCGUCCGGUUUCAUUUACUGGUGUGACUUCAGCAGCACAGUGGCAUCUCAGAAUGGUAUCCGCAGAAUCAAACCAGAUGGCUCGGGAUUCCAAAGCAUUGUCACCUCAGGGAUCGGACAUAAUGGAAUUCGGGGCAUUGCUGUAGAUUGGGCCGCAGGAAACCUCUAUUUCACGAAUGCCUUCUUGACUGAGACAUACAUCGAAGUCAUUCAGCUUAAUACAACAUUCCGUCGUGUUCUUCUCAAAACCCAAGUAGACAUGCCACGUCAUAUUGUGGUGGACCCUAAGAAUAGAUACCUCUUCUGGGCUGACUAUGGACAGACACCCAAAAUUGAGCGGGCCUUUUUAGAUGGUACCAACCGGACAGUCCUGGUUUCCUCUGGCAUCAUCACUCCUAGGGGCUUAGCUCUAGACCACAGAGACGGAUACAUCUACUGGGUGGACGAUUCACUUGACAUGAUUGCACGAGUUCGUCCUGAGGGGGGUGAGAUGGAAGUUGUGCGGUAUGGUAGUCGCUAUCCAACUCCGUAUGGCAUCAUUGUGUUUGAGGAGAAAGUGAUUUGGGUGGACAGAAACUUGAAGAAGGUCUUCCAGGUGAGCAAACAACCAGGAGCAACAGAUCAGCCAGUCAUGAUUAGAGACAACAUCAACAUGCUCCGAGACGUCACAGUCUUUGACCAGAGAAUGCAGCCAAGUUCGGCCCACGAGCUUAAUAACAACCCUUGCUUGGAGUCUAAUGGUGGCUGUGCCCACAUUUGCUUCGCCAUCCCAGGCAGUCAGACCCGAAAAUGUGCCUGUUCCUUUGGGAAUCUAGCUGCCGAUGACAGCUCUUGUGUGGAAUCCUGGGAUGACUACCUUAUUUACACGACAGAGAGUACCGUACGGUCUUUGCGGUUGGAUCCAGAAGAUUACUCACUGCCCUUUCCUGUGGUAAAUGUGGCCCGGACUUCUGUUGCCCUUGAUUUUGACAGGCUCGAUGGCAGGAUCUAUUUCACGCAGAGCUCAGGAGCAGGCCAGAGCAAGAUUGGCUUCAUUACUUUGGCUUCACCUACCUCCCCUGCCAUAGAGGUGGCCACAGAUCUGGGAGCUCCUGAUGGUAUUGCCUAUGACUGGAUCAAUAAGCGUAUCUAUUACAGUGACUACAUUAAUCAGACCAUCAGCUCAAUGGCAGUGGAUGGAUCUCAGAGGACUGUUGUAGCACAUGUGCCCAGACCAAGAGCCAUCAUGCUGGAUCCAUGUAGAGGGUAUAUGUACUGGACCGACUGGGGCACAAACGCAAAAAUUGAGCGUGCUACUUUGGGCGGAAACUUCAGGACAGAGAUUGUCAAUACUAGUCUGGUUUGGCCAAACGGUCUGACACUGGACUAUGAUGAUCAGAGACUGUACUGGGCAGAUGCCAGCUUACAGAAGAUUGAGAGAUGCUCUCUCAUUGGAGCUAACCGUGAGGUUAUCGUAAGCACAGCCAUCUACCCAUUUGCAAUGACAGUGUACGGCCAGCACAUCUACUGGACCGACUGGAAUACACGCAGUAUUUACCGUGCAAACAAGCAUGAUGGGUCCGACCAGAGAGUGAUGCUGCAGAAUCUUUCAUCGCGACCGAUGGACAUCCACGUGCUGUCCAACAGCAAACAGCAGCAGUGCGGCAGCCCCUGCGAGCAGUUCAACGGUGGCUGCAGCCAUAUUUGCACACCAGGUCCGCAGGGGGCUGAGUGUCAGUGUCCCUCUGAAGGCCGCUGGUAUCUGGCUGACAAUAAACACUGUAUCCCUGACAACGGCACGCGCUGUCAGCCGGACCAGUUUACCUGCAUGAACGGCAGCUGCAUUCACACCCAGUGGAAAUGUGACAAUGACGAUGACUGUAGUGAUGGCAGUGAUGAACUGGAGAGGGUUUGCGGAUCCAAGAGUCAUUUUGUGUUUGUCCCACAAGUGGCAGCAUUCAUUUCGCUCUCAGUGUUUCACACCUGUGAGCCCACGGUGUUCACAUGCGGGAAUGGCCGCUGCGUGCCACUUCACUACUGCUGCAAUCACUACAAUGACUGUGGGGAUAACAGUGACGAGACGGGCUGCUUGUUCCAUCUCUGCGACCCAAACACUGAGUUCACCUGCAAUAACGGCCGCUGCAUUGCACGGGAAUAUGUCUGCAAUGGGAUAAAUAAUUGCUACGAUAACGGGACUUCAGAUGAACAGAACUGCGCUGAGACGACAUGUCAACCAGAACAUACCAAAUGUCAGACCACCAACAUCUGCAUCCCACGCUCGUACCUGUGCGAUGGAGAUAACGACUGUGGAGACAACAGUGAUGAGAGCCCGACACACUGCGCUACAUCUACAUGCUCCCAGAAUGAGUUCCGUUGUUCGAGUGGGCACUGUAUUCCCGGGCACUGGUAUUGUGACGGAGGUACAGACUGUAAUGAUGGUUCUGAUGAGCCCUCUACCUGCACUACCAUGGUGAAGACCUGCAACUCUGACCAGUUCCUCUGUGAUGAUGGAAGGUGUAUCGCCGCAUCCUUGAUCUGCGAUGGAGACAAUGACUGUGGGGACAUGAGCGAUGAAGAUGAGAGACACAACUGUGCUAACCGCAGCUGCUUUCCUCAGGAGUUCACCUGUAUCAAUAGCAGGCCUCCUCAGAGGAAUUGUAUCCCGCGGGACUGGGUGUGUGAUGGUGAUGCAGACUGUUCAGACGCAUACGAUGAGCACCAGAACUGCACUCUCAGAUCCUGCUCUGCCAGCGAGUUCACCUGCAACAAUGGCCUCUGUAUUCGCAGCUCCUACAGGUGUGACCAUCGUAAUGAUUGUGGCGACAGCAGCGAUGAGCAAGGCUGCACCUAUCAGCCUUGUCAACAGCAUCAGUUCACAUGUCAGAAUGGCCGCUGUGUCUCGCGGGAUUUCGUGUGUGAUGGGGACAAUGAUUGCGGGGAUAAAUCUGAUGAGUUGGAUCACCUGUGCCAGACCCCAAACCCUACCUGCCCACCUGGAAACUUUAGGUGUGAAAAUGGAAACUGCGUGCCACUCAGCGAGGUGUGUGACAGGAGCGAUGACUGCAAUGACAACAGUGAUGAGAAAGGCUGUGGCAUCAAUGAAUGCACAGACCCAUCCAUGCACCACUGCGACCACAACUGUACCGACACACCCACCAGCUUCAUCUGCACCUGUCGUCCCGGCUACCGCCUCAUGUCCGACAACAAAACUUGCGAUGACAUAGACGAGUGUUCCGUCAUGCCCAGCGUGUGUAGCCAGGUCUGCGAAAACACCAUGGGUUCAUACGUCUGCAAGUGUGCACCGGGCUUCCUGCGCGAACCUGACGGCCGCAGCUGCAGGCAAAACAGCAACAUCACUCCAUACUUGAUCUUCAGCAAUCGCUACUACCUGCGAAAUCUUUCAACGGAUGGCGAGGCCUAUUCACUCAUUCUGCAAGACCUCACCAGCGUGGUGGCUCUAGACUUUGACCGGGUGGAGAAACGCUUGUACUGGAUAGAUGUGAGCCGGAGAGUGGUGGAACGGAUGUUUUUCAACGGGACGGGCCGAGAGGUGGUCGUGAAUGGGGUUUUGCAUGGGGAAGGACUGGUGGUCGACUGGGUCGGGAGGAAGCUGUAUUGGGUUGACAGUUUUCUCGACUGCAUGAAAGUUUCGGAACUGGAUGGACGCUUUGUGAGGAAGUUAGCAGAACAUUGUAUGGAUGCCAACAACACGUACUGCUUUGAGAAUCCCAGAGCCAUCGUGGUGCAUCCAAAGUUUGGAUAUGUGUAUUGGACAGACUGGGGAGACAAAGCCUUCAUUGGACGUGUUGGGAUGGAUGGAAAAAACAGGUUGGCCAUCAUCACUACUAAGAUUGAGUGGCCCAACGGUCUCACCAUAGACUACACCAAUGACAAACUGUACUGGUCUGAUGCUCACCUGAAUUACAUUGAAUUCUCUGACCUGGAUGGGCACCACAGACACACUGUAUACGACGGCAUUUUGACGCAUCCUUUUGCGAUCACAGUGUUCGAGGAAAGUGUCUACUGGACGGACUGGAACACUCACACGGUGGAGAAGGGUAACAAGUACAACGGCUCCGGACGGCAAGCACUUGUCAACACCACUCACCGGCCAUUUGACAUUCACGUGUUCCAUCCAUACCGCCAGCCUAUCGUGAAAAAUCCCUGUGCGGUCAGUAAUGGAGGCUGUUCUCACCUGUGUCUCCUGCGAGCUGGGGGUCAAGGGUACACCUGCGAGUGCCCUGACCACUUCCUGACCAUGCAGAUAGGGGCCGUGGCCCACUGUCUGCCCAUGUGUUCCAGCACGCAGUACAGAUGCGCAGACAACGAACGCUGCAUCCCAAUCUGGCGGAAGUGUGAUGGGCAGCGAGACUGCAGAGAUGGCUCGGACGAAGCUUCAGCGUGUCCUGUCCGACACUGCAGACUGGGACAGUUCCAGUGUAAUGAUGGGAACUGCACCAGCCCACACUUCCUGUGUAACUCGAAUCAGGACUGCCCCGAUGGAUCAGAUGAAGACAUUGUGCUGUGUGCUACACAUCAGUGUGAGUCGCAUCAGUGGCAGUGUGCCAACAAGCGCUGUAUCUCUGAGGCAUGGCAGUGUGACGGCGAGAAUGACUGUGGCGACGGCUCAGAUGAGGAUCCUGCAAACUGCUCCAGCAGAACCUGCCGACCCGGACAGUUUAAGUGUCGGAACGGCCGUUGCAUCCCACAGAGCUGGAAAUGCGAUGUGGAUGAUGAUUGUGGAGACAAUUCUGACGAGCCCAUCAAUGAAUGCAUGGGUUCAGCAUACAGAUGUGACAACCACACAGAGUUUGACUGCAGAACAAACUAUCGCUGUGUUCCUCUGUGGGCCGUGUGCAACGGGCACAAUGACUGCAGAGACAACAGUGACGAACAGAACUGUGAAGAGUUGACCUGUAAGCCGGUGGGUGAUUUCCGCUGUGAUAACCAUCAGUGCAUACCCCUGCGCUGGCGCUGCGAUGGAGAAAAUGACUGUGGUGACGGAUCAGACGAACGCAAAUGCACCCCUCGUCCAUGCACAGAGAGCGAGUACCGCUGUGACAACCUGCACUGCAUUCCUGAUCGCUGGGUUUGUGACCAUGACAACGACUGUGAGGACAAUUCUGACGAGAGGGACUGUGAGCUGCGGACGUGUCACCCGGGUUACUUCCAGUGCGGGAGCGGUCACUGCAUUGCUGAGCGCUUCAAAUGCGACGGCAACGCUGACUGUCUCGACUUUACCGACGAAAGUUCUUGUCCCACAUGGUACCCGAACAGCACGUAUUGUCCACCGUUUCUGUUUGAAUGUAAGAAUCACGUGUGUGUACAGCAGCACUGGAGAUGUGAUGGAGAUGAUGACUGUGGAGACAAUUCAGAUGAGGAACUACACAUCUGCUUGGACAUCCCGUGUGAUCCUCCUUUCCGAUUCCGCUGUGAUAACAACCGUUGCAUCUACAGUCACGAACUCUGCAACUCUAUAGAUGACUGCGGUGAUGGAACCGAUGAGAGAGAGGAGCAUUGUGUGACCCCCACAUAUGGGCCGUGCUCUGCAGACGAGUAUAAAUGUGGGAACGGUCAUUGCAUUCCUCUGCAGUACGCCUGCGAUGACUAUGAUGACUGUGAAGACCAGACGGAUGAACUGGGCUGCUACUACAGCAGUGCGCGAUCGUGUGCUGAGAAUCUGUGUGAGCAUAACUGCACGGAUCUGACGGGCGGAGGUUUCAUUUGCUCCUGUAGACCAGGAUAUAAACCCAACCCUCAGGACAAGAACACAUGUGAUGAUGUAAACGAGUGUGAGAUUUAUGGUGUGUGUCCUCAGUUGUGCCAGAACACUAAAGGCAGUUAUGAGUGUUUCUGUGCUGAAGGCUUUCGAUCUGUGGGGGAGCAGCUGGGAGCCAAAUGCGCCGCUGAGGGAAAUCCUCCCGUGUUGUUAUUGCCUGAUAAUGUGCAUAUCCGUCGCUUUAAUCUCUCAUCGGCGCAGUACUCGGAUUACGUGGAUAAUGCAGAGCACAUUCAGGCCCUGGACUACCUGUGGGACCCAGAGGGCCUUGGCCUCAGUAUAGUGUACUGGACGGUGUUGGGACGAGGCUCUGAGUUUGGUGCAAUUAAAAGGGCCUAUAUGACUACGUUUGAUGACUGUGGGAAUAAUCCUGUAAAGGAAGUUGAUCUUGAGCUCAGAUACAUCUCCAGUCCUGAUGGCAUCGCUGUGGACUGGAUUGGACGCCAUAUUUACUGGACAGAUGCCGGGACUAAUCGCAUCGAAGUGGCCAAACUGGAUGGGCGUUACAGGAAGUGGUUAAUUCAUACAGAUCUUGAUCAGCCAGCUGCAAUUGUGGUCAACCCUGCUGGAGGUAAGAUGUUCUGGACGGACUGGGGCAGAAAGCCCAAGAUCGAGUCAGCGUGGAUGGAUGGCCAACAAAGGCAGGUGCUGUUAGAUGAAGAUCUGGGCUGGCCUACUGGAUUAGCUUUGGACUACUUGAAUGAAAACCGGAUCUAUUGGUGUGACUCCAAAGAGAACAUCAUUGAGUCCAUGAAAGAGGAUGGAACAGACCGGAAAAUUAUCAUAUCAGGAGAUAUUGGUCACCCGUACAGUCUGGAUGUGUUUGAAGGACAUGUGUACUGGACGUCUAAAGAAAAGGGAGAAGUGUGGAAGAAGGAUAAGUUCGGGAAAGGAGACAAGGUGAAGGUGUUGACUAUAAACCCCUGGUUGACUCAAGUACGCAUCUACCAGCAGCACAGAUACAACCACUCAGUGCUCAACCCGUGUCAGGACACCUGCAGUCACCUGUGUUUACUGCAGCCGGGUGGAUACAGCUGUGCCUGCCCACAAGGCUCUAUGCUUCUUACCUUCAACAAGAAUGAAUGUGAUGCCGCCAUUGAGGCAGAGGUGUCUAUGCCGCUUGCAUGCAGAUGCAUGAACGGAGGAACAUGCUACACUGAUGAGGGAGGCCUACCAAAGUGCAAGUGUCCGUAUGGCUACUCAGGUAGUUACUGUGAAAUGGGCAAGUCUAGAGGUGCUCCUGCAGGCACAGCUGUGGCCGUUCUGUUAGCAGUGGUUAUUAUUCUGAUAACUGGUGCUCUAUUUGUGGGAGCCUUUCUCAACUACAAGCGCACCGGCUCUCUCAUUCCAUCCAUGCCUAAACUACCCAGUCUGAUCAGCCUGGUGAAGUCGGGCGACACAGGAAACGGGGUGUUGUUCCAUUCAGGCGAUAAUGUGACGAUGGACCUGGAGCCUCAGUAUUUGGGCGUGUCCUUCAUCGACACAGCUAUGCAGCUGAAUGUGAAUUUUGCAGACAAUGGGAGGCAGCCAGUCACAUUUGAGAAUCCUCUGUACUCAACUACAGCUGGCCCAUCCAGCGAUCCGGCAGUAAUACAUGCUACACAGGUGACUGUGAAUGUCAGUGGUGAGCAGGUGGAAAGGAACUUUUCAAACCCAACAUACCACGCUCAUGAACAGACAGUUGAGGUGAAGAGCGUACCGGUGGAACAAAAGACCACACAGGAGCCCAAAUGGAGUUUGUUUAAAAGAAAACUGAAGCCAAGUACAUUUGAAAACCCUACUUAUUCAGAGAUGCAUGAUGAACAGGCUUUUGGAAGUUUUGAAACCAGAUCUUCAAAGCAACCAUCUGCAUUCGUUCCCCCUCCCAAACCCCAAAAGAGAGACAAGCUCAGCACCUAUUCUCCAACAGAGGACACUUUUAUAGACACUGCCAACCUGGUUAAAGAGGACAGUGAAAUAUAACCAACCCUCACCUCACACACAUACACAUACACAUACACACAUGGGAAAAUACCAAGAAACACACACUCCCCUUGCACAGAAUCUAUUUUUAUAUGCAAAAUGCAUACUACAGAAAUCUUAUUCUCUCAGAAAGAUUAUUUUGGAGGAAAAAAAAGAAAGUAGAAAUAAGAGUAGAUAUAAUGUUUGUAUAGCCUACAGGAAACAGGCCAACACCCCAGACUUUGCCUUCUGAUACUGUGUAUGCCAAAUCCUGUUUUAUGAUUCUUUUUUUUUAUUGUGAUGUCAUAUUUGUAUAGCUUUGCACUGAUGCUGCUGAAGGAGAAUGCUAUGAAUAUUUUGUACAUUUGUAAAUUGAAAAGAUUUUGAUGUCGAUAAUAUCCUCUGCUCAGAAGUUAUUUUUAAAUAGAAUUAAAAAUUCCUGGAGUUGCACAAACAUGCCAACAUUACUGUAUGAGUGAAGUGCUUUGAGAGCAAGUUGUGGCCAUUUUAUUGGAUUACUGCCAAUGGAGAUAAAACAUAAUGCAUAUGCAUUACUUAUGUAUAUAUAUACCUCAUUUGUGAAGUGGCCAGCUUCAAGAGACAGUACAGUGUAUUUAGUUAAGAUAAAAUAUCAGUCAACAUGUCAAGAUACUGUCAUGUGAAGAUCUGCUUGUGACUACACCACAACUUCUGCUUUAUAUUUUGAAGGAUACUUGAAAUUGCCCAAAUUAUAUACAUGUGAAAUGAUUAUGUCAGAUAUCUCGGUAGUGUUUGAAGGGCAUAUUGAUGAAAAUAACUUUCCCAUCCGAUGACGUGCUGGGAGGUAAAGUCAAAAUAAUUCAAUUUUGAGUGAUUUUGUAUAUUAAUGACAAUGACAGUUAAUGACAAAUUAUGAAUUUAUUCAUCUCAACAUAUUUAGAAAGAAACUGGAAAGAAAUGAAUGCUGCUGUGAAAAAAAAAUCUAAUAAAUAUGUUUUUUAACAAAUGUGCAGAUGUUUUUGAAAUAUUUAAUAAAAUAAAAUUUUAUAAAAUAUUUAAAGUAUAACUGUUUUUAAUAAAUAAAACAAAAUAUUUAGUUUUUAAUAAAAGUAAAACAUUUUAUUUAAUUAAUUGAUUGUUUUCAGUUUGGUCUGGCCAAGGACAUUUUCUUUGUAUUCUGUGUUUGUAUGUUUCAGAGUUGAGGAUAAGAACUUCAAAAAAAAUCUUUUUAUAGAGAUCACAUUCAAAAGAGCAAUUUCAGGGGUUCGGUCAUGAGAAACCUGCAAAUAUCAGAGACUUUUUACAUAUUCCCCUUCACCUCCCCCUCCCCCUCCCCCAGAAACAAACUCCUAUAAUAAAUAUACCUUUUCCAGUUUUUAACUUAUAUUAAAUAUUUAUAUAUCAUCAGCUCAUUGUUGCUCUUGUGCAGUGUAAAACUUGAUUGCAAGCUAUUGUGAUGUCUGAUUUGUGAGCGAAUCAUUCCUUUCAGUUGUCAGUUCUUUUAAAUGAACUGGUUGACACAGUUCAUCAGUCUAAAUGAUUCAUUACUGAAUUGGUCUGAAUCAAAAUGAUUUUAAAAAAUCCGAAUCCAUUAAUCACAAAAUGACUGGAAAGUUCAUGGAAAAGUCCUGGAAAUUCAUCGGUCAAAAGAUGUAUUGGAACGCUGAAUUUCUAGACAAUUAAAUAUUUUUUUAAGUGUAACAUUACAUACUUAAAAUAUAUUCAAUUGUCUAGAAAUUCAGCGUUCCAAUAAUUUCCAGAUAUGAUUCAUUUCUAUGACUUUUACAGGCCUAGAAAACAAAGUUUUAAAAUACCCUGAUAUUUCCAGAUUUUCCAUGACCAUGAGAACCCUAUGUUUUAUCAAUCAGGCAUUUCAUUUAAUGAGUAUUGAAUGUCUG